UUUAAUCACCAAUAAAAACCAUCCUUCUCCCAUCUCCGACUGAACCGAAACACCAACAAAACUCCGUCACCAUGUCCUACCUCCUCUACUCCAUCUGCAUCUCCCUCGUCGUCCUCGCCACAGCGCUCUUCCUCACGCGAUCCUGCUGGCUUCGCCGCCUCCCGGGCUCCGACUACCUCUACUCCCGCCUGCCCUCCACCUUCGCAGGCGAUAUCGAGGCCGGCCUUUCCAGCAGCACGUUUGACCUCAGCGGCAACAUCGAGGAUGGCGACAGCCGCGCCGGCCUGGACGACGAGAGCAAGGCCGAGAUUCUCAAGGUUAUGAAGAAGAGGCGCCUGCCGUUUGACCAGGCGCGCAAGGUGUACAUGGAGAACAAGUUCAAGGCCAACGGAAUUGGGGCCGACGGACGACCAAGAGACCCCAAAUUUGUCAGCUUCUCAUGAGCGUGAGCGAUUACUUGUACAGCGCUGCGUGUCUUGAGUCUCAAAUCUUUUUAUAAAUAAAUAUCCCUCUUCGCCAACUGGAGCAUCUGUCGCGGAGCCUUUUUUCAUCUUUUACUUUUAUCUUUUUUUCUGUCCCCUCUUCUUUUCUUUCUCUUUUACCUCUUUUUUUGUUAGUCGCGCUUGGCCGCACACAUCUUCGUUCAUUGCCCUCUCUCUCAUACUCUUUUGAUUCUCUUGUUCCUUUGUCAUCUUAAAGAAAGCAGAAUUCUGGGGUCAGAAAACAAGUCAGUGGGUGUAUGCAAUCUACGACUAAAUUCCUCAAGACGAGCGUUACUUG